AGAUACUUUUAGAACACCUUAUAUAUGUUAUCUCCGAUAAGUUUAUAGUAUGUAUAUAAAGUCAGUAAAUAAAAAAAGGUAUUUAGUCAUUAUUUAUAGUGUUAACAAUGGUUCCUAUUUUGUUUAUACUCGGGCUCACCGUUGUGGCAGCUCUGCCCAACGGUAUCUACCUCCGCCGGGCCCCGGGUCCUCGCUACCAGCACGUGCAGGACGGCCUGGGCAGGCUACACCUGGUGGACCUCUGGCAGCCAGCCACCGACUUCAACGCCAGAUACUACCCAGACACAGAGAAUGUUUACCAUCUUUUUACUAGACUGAACCCGUCAGUAAGCCAGCCCAUUGUGCCCGGUAAUGAGCAACUACUGAAGGCAUCCAACUUCGACGCAUCACGUAGAACAGCUGUGCUUAUCCACGGCUGGUUGGACAAUGCUACCGGCAACUUUAACGCUGUUUUACUCGCUGCUUUCUUGGCGGCAGAAGACAUGAAUGUGAUCGUGGUGGACUGGAGCGCUGGAUCCAGCACCUUCAACUUCAACCAAGUUAGAGAAAAUACUGUACUAUCUGGUGGUGCGGUCGCUCGUUUCAUCUCCUGGAUUAACAGCGUGACUGGUGCAGACCUGGCGGACUACCACAUCGCCGGGUACAGCCUGGGCGGCCAGCAGGCUGGUAUUGCGGGGAGAAACCUCGACGGGAAGGUUGGAUAUAUUACCGGCUUGGACCCCGCCGGCGGCCCCGGCUUUGUUGGCUUCGAGCACACAUUCAGGGCAUCAGAUGCUGUAUACACUGAAGUGAUGCAUACUAACGUGGGAGGAGCAGGGUACCUGGAGCCACUAGCACAGGUGGAUUUCUACCCGAAUGGGGGGGAUAACAUGCCUGGCUGCGCGUCCAACUCUUGCAACCAUGAUAGAUGCUUCCACUACUUCGCUGAGUCCAUCCGUGACGGAGGGUUCACAGGCGUCAAGUGUGAGAGCUACGAACACGCGCUUGUAGGAGACUGCCAUCUACCGGAGACUUUGAACAUGGGAGGAUUUGAACCUAAGACUGGAAAAACUGGCGUCUACUACUUGGAAACCAACGCUGCAUCACCCUUCUCAAAAGGCUAAACCAACCAAAGAUUAGAAAAUAAGAUUUACGAACUAAAAUAAAAAUAAAAACAAAAAUAUAUAAAAAAUCACGUUUUAUUUACAUUAAUAAUAGUAAUCAACACAUAACAAAUUAUGUACACAAAGAUACUUAAUUAGAAAAAAAAAACAAAAAAGUUACACUUUAAAAUUUUUGCUCUUAGUAGAGGGCGCCACUAACGCUUAAAGUCCUGUUAGUCUUAAAAAGAGAAUAAGUUUUUUUGCUACAAAAUGCAAACAGCGUUAUUAUACUUAAAAAAAAUACCUGCGUUACUAAAAUAACAUGGCAGCCUUUGAAAAAAGCUCUAUUUCUAUCGAAAUAAGGUCUCUUUUUGCUUGAUUUAUCUAUACAUAUCUUUAAUCAGUACAUUGCCGUGUCUUCAUAGUAAAUUAAUCAGUGGGUUAUUUAUUCGAGAUUUUGGUCCUUAUUACAAUGAUAUAAGGUCUUUUAUUCCUUGAAGGGGUAGACAGAGGUAGCACAUAUGAAAUGUAACACCCUCUUUUCACCAUUUGUGUUAUAAGUCCCAUGUAAUAGGGGGUGAGCCUAUUGCCAUAUACUGGACACAAUUCCAGACUCCGUGCUACUACUGAGAAAUUUUUGGGUGUACAUUGUAUAGCGCCAUUACGUGCCGUAAUGUGCACCUCUGCCUACCCCAUAUUGAUGAUGUUUCAUUCGCUGCUCGAUUCCUAUUGCUCCAUUUUGCCAUUAGGAAGACUUUGUUUGUUUGUUUGAACGCGCUAAUCUCCAGAACUACUGGACCGAAUUUAAUAAUUCUUUUUGUGUUAGAUAGUCCAUUAAUCGAGGAAGACUAUAGGUUAUUAAACAUCACGCUACAAUCAAUAGGAGCCGAGCAGUGAAAGAAACUGUGGGGGAGUAGCUAGUAAUUUUUUUAUGUAAAAAUUGUGACAUUUUUAAAACAAAACAAAUCAUAUAUAUGUACAAAUUGUAAUCCAUAUACUUAACAAAUACGUACUAAAAAACAUCAAUUGUUUAACAUAUCAGUUUCGCGUUUAUUUCAAUUAAUUUUGAACCUUAUUGUUUAGACAUAAGACUGUUUUUUAUUUUAUCAAUACGGAUCACCUGAUGGUAAGCAAUCGCCGCCGCACAUGGACACUUGAAACACCAGAGGCGUUACAAGUGCGUUACCGGCCUUUUGGGUGUUAGGAAUUUAAGUGUUGUUGGGGAAUCGGGGAUUGGGAAGAUUGGGAAAGGGGGGUAAUUCAGCUAAUAUUUAGUUUGGUUGACUUUAUCGAUCUGAUAUUUGGUACACACUCUUAAUCUUGAUGACCAUACAAUAUAAGCUUUUUAAAACUGUUUAACAUA